AUUGCUGCCUAAGUCACAGCACUCCGCCUCCCUGCACCUUAAGACAGAACACAAACAGCUUUCCUGCCAACACUCUAGACUGAACUGGCAAAACUAGAUGAGAGGGAAGGUGACGGAACAUAACAAUACAAUAUUUAUUUAAGUAUUUCUGAAAGCCAUGAACUCCGCUCAGCAAUUGCUCUGGUCUCAGAGAGACUUGCUGCUGAACUGGACCCGUGACCACCCAGCACCCUUGCUGCGUUGGCUGCGUGAUUCUGAGGUGCUGUCAUCUGCCCACUACCUGUCUCUGCUGGAGAGGUCACCAUCCAAUGCAGUGGCCCAGGCUAUAGAGACGGUGUGUGUCACUGAGGAGAGCAGCCAAAAGUUCCUGCAGGUGCUGAGGGAGGUGCAGGAUUAUUACUGCAGGGAUCUGCAGGUCUGGGUGGAGAGACACUGCGGGAACGAGGCCAUCAGUAAGCCAGUGCCUGCACCUGUAAAUGUUGAAGAGAAGAAGCCUAAAAGCACCAUUGCUAAUCUGUUCAAAGGAAAGAGUAAGGGAUUUACCCUGACUGCUGACAUUAAAGCUAAAGAAGAACUGAAACCUAGCAGGAAUGUAAAGCUGGCCAACAUCCAAGUUCCCAUUUCUGCCCAUAAAACAACCUUACUAAAACGCACAGAGCAGUUAAAGUGUUACUCAGAAGGCGAGGGAGUGGCUUUGAACUCAGCUUCUCACAUUGAGAUCUGCUACACUGACCUUUUUGUGACCGAAGAUGAUGACUUAGUUGACAGUAGCCAACAUGAAUACUUUGACCUGGCGAGUAGACGAGCUCGCAUUUAUGUCCAUCAGGCUUGCCAGCGGAUCCGGCCGUGCCAUUUAUUGAGCCCCCAAGGAACAUCAGGACGCCCCCCCAAAAGGGUUAAAGUGAAGGGCAUUGCUGGUAUUGGAAAGAGCGUGGCAGUACAGAGACUAGUCUAUGAGUGGGCAAUUGGGAAAAAUAUGCGUGAAUUCACCUGCAUUUUUGACCUGCGCUUCAGAGAGCUCAAUCUGAUUGAAGCACCGCUGAGCUUAUUGGAGCUGCUUGGAGAACGGUUCCGGUACUUGAAGGCAGCUCUACCUGAUAUUUUCACCUCACCAAGCUCUUUGCUCUUCAUCUUAGAUGGAUUAGAUGAGUUCAAAUUCUCCUUGGACUGGAACAGUCCUGACAAAAACAUUGACGUUGGUUCAAAGGUACCAGUGUCAGAGUUGAUGGUGGCUUUAAUCAAGGGAAGCCUUCUCCCAGAGGCAUCAGUCAUUCUCACAACAAGACCAUCUACUGAAGCUCCCAAACGUUUCUUCCAGAGAUGCUGUGUGGUGCUGGGCUUUGAGGAGGACCAGGUGAAGGAAUAUACCACCAAGUUCUACAAAGACAGUAAAGUUGCUGAAAAAGUCUACGAUUACAUCUUGAACAAUGACAACCUUUUUGUGCUGUCCUUCAUCCCUCUUUAUUGCUACAUCAUCUGUACCGCCAUGGCUGAGUUCUUUUCUUCAGGAAAUCAAGAUGUUGCCGACUCAAAGUCUCUGGAGCUAAACCCGCCCAGAACAGUCAGCGAGGUUUACUUCUGCUACCUGUUUACAGCAGUCAAGCACCAUGCGCUAAGGGGGAGUGCAGAGAGAAGCACCCCAAGAUCUGAGGUUCUCUCACUAGCAAAGCAACAACUGACAAACCUGGGAAAACUGGCUUAUGAAAACCUUCUACAGAAAAAGAUCAUGUUCGACAGAGCAGAUUUGGAGAACUAUGGUGUUACACCUGCUGAUCUUCAGAGCACCUUUCUCUGUCACAUCCUCCAACCACUCAAAGAGGAAACAGUGGAGAUGUUUUCCUUCUUCCACCUGACUGUUCAAGAGCAUCUGGCUGCCCUCUACUGCGCAAUCAAUCUCUUUAGCCAGGAGGACAUAAUCAAAGCUCUGGACCUCUGGUGCUUUGGGCUACGUCCACCAUCCUCCACAGCUGCACCCCUGCAAAGCACAGACCUCAACCUGGACAAACUGGAGAGCCUCCAGAUGUUCACACGCUUCUUCAUGGGAAUGCUCCGAGCUCGGCUGGCAGGUCAGUUGGAUGGCCUUGUUCUUUCACCCAUGGAGCAAGGGGAUGGCAUCCCCGCUAGGCUGGGCUUGUGGUUCCAAGACCAGUUUAAGGGCAGGAAGCUUGAGAACCAGACAGCCCUGAAUUUUCUCCACUGCCUGAUGGAGUUCCACAUGAAGGAAGCCACCAGCAUGGUAGCACCAGAGAUCAGAAUACUCAACCUGUUUAAAAUGAAGCUGAGUGUUGUGGACUGUGCAGCCAUGCACUAUGUGCUGCAGUUCUCUCCACACAAGCUGAAGGAGCUCAACUUGGGCUACUCCAACAUUGGAAACAGAGGACUAAACAGACUGGGGCCAAUCCUACAUCGCUGUGAAUCUCUCUAUUUGAGAUACAACUGCCUGGAUAGGCAAGCAGCUAUUUUAGAAUCUGAAGUUCUGAAAUCAAAUGAGUGCCGAGUGAAAAAGCUGUUUAUGUGUGGCAAUAACCUGGGUCCAGAGGGGGUUUUGGAGCUCUGGAACGCUCUGGAGCACAACACCACUGUGGAGGAACUCUAUCUAGACAUCACCGGCAUUACAGAAAGAGGAACAGAAAACAUCGUCAACUGCCUCAGCAAAAACACCUCUCUGAAGACACUGACCAUUGUUGGGAAUGACAUCGGAGAGGUGGGGAGGAGAAGGCUGAGGGAGCUGGAGCAACGUCGACCAGGACUCCGGAUUAUUGCAAAUUUUGUGGAUGACCCUGGAUUACUUCAGGCCUACCUGGACUGGGUGGAGGAGAUCCAGGUAGACAGAGACCAGAUGGAUUCAGUGAAGAAUGCAGAUGCCCUGCAGUCGGUGCUGAAGGGGCUCCAGAUGGAAGGAGAACAUGUGGAGAAAGGAGAGAAUGCAGAGAAAGCCAAGGAGCUCCAGACAAAGAUUGUACAGUUGCUGAAGUCUUCUACAGAUCUGAUUGGAGGAAGAUAAGGAAGGGUAGAGCUCCAUCUGAAGAGGCAGAUGCUUUCAUAGCAUCCACCAACAUUCUGACUUCAAUCUGUAAUCCUGUAGACCCAAACCUACUUCAACAAAUUUUCUGUGCAUUGCUUACAAACAUGAUUUUGAACUAACGUUUCAGAAGUCUGUUACGUUUUGUUAGUGGUCUCAUAGAGCCCAGCUUCUGCACUUACUGUACACCCCUCUGGCUCCAAGCUCUUGACAUGAAUCAUUAGACACAAUUUGUACUUUACUGCAAAACAAUUCUUCUGCUGGUUUAUUAAGUAUAUGUGGCUUAUCUCAGCUAUAAAACAUAAUUAAAUACAAUAGAUUUUUAUAUUCUCUAUGUCUGUGAUAGGUGUUGAGAGUACUUUGUACACAGUACUACACCUCCCAAAUAAGUCUAUUUAGAUUUUUUAAUUUUUAAUUUUUUUAAUAGUUUGUUAAUAAGAGAUCAAACAGGGAGUUAGAGUCUGGGGUUGAGACUGAAUAAUAAUGCAAUUUAGGAGAAGAAUUCAUUUGUGUCAGUGGAAGUCUACAAUUCAGUUUUUAUAUUCUCUAAUGUAAAUUUUCAUGCUGUCUCGAUUAAGAGAUUUGAUCAUUUGAUGGUAAAUCACAAAGUUACUAAACUUUUUGAUUAUCUGUUCAUUAAAUAAAGGAAAGCUCUUUAGCCACCAUGUUGUUUUCAUAACUUUCAUAACUACAGGUUUUUACAUGAUCAUGUUAAAUAAAAACUGGGUAGCUCUG